UUUCUCGCUGUUGCUCUGAGCAGGGUGGAGGAGCUUUAGCUGCUCUAGCUAACAGCUCACUGACUGUGAAAGCACAAGAACAGCUCUCUUCUGCAGAAGAGAAACGGGAAACGGCGAGGUUCUCUUCCUUUACACACACAAAAAUCUCCUUUGCAUGAGUUUGAGCAGAUAGAUAGAUGUUCCAGAGUGAAUUAAACCAGUGAGUCUGUGUGCAGAUGCCAGCACCUCUGAAGAACUAAGUGCCCACAAUGUCUCUGAGAAACCUGUCAGUCAAAGCUCUUCUGUUCCUUGGAAUUUGCCAGGUGGGGCGUAGGGGUCUUGCUUCAGCCCCCAAACUUAAAGAGCAGCCUAAGAAAAUCGCCGUCAUUGGAGGAGGAAUCGGAGGAACAGCAGCAGCAUAUUUCCUCAGGCAGGAGUUCGGACCAUCAGUCAAGAUUGAUGUGUUUGAAGCAGGACCUGUCGGCGGACGUCUUGCUACAGAGAACAUCAGAGGACACGAUUAUGAAAUCGGAGGGUCAAUUAUACACCCACUUAAUUUGCAUAUGAAGCACUUUGUGGACAGACUAGGUUUGUCCACCCGUGCUGAAGUCCCCUCUAAGGUGGCCAUAUUUGACGGAAAGGAGCUGACCUUUGAGGAAAGCGACUGGUUCAUUGUGAACUUCCUGCGGAUGCUGUGGCGCUACGGCUUGAACUCCAUUCGCAUGCACAUGUGGGUGGAGGGCAUUCUGGAUAAGUUCAUGAGGAUUUAUCAGUACCAGCAGUUUGGUUACUCCUUCUCCAGUGUAGAGCGGCUCUUGCAUGCCAUGGGUGGAGACAGCUUCCUGAUGCUGCUCAAUCAGACGCUGGAGGAGGCCAUGCUGGCCAAUGGCUUCUCUCAGGUCUUCAUCAAUGACAUUGUGACUCCAAUCUCGCGCGUUAACUACGGCCAGAGUGUUCGCCUCAGUGCUUUCGUGGGUACCGUGUCCCUGGCAGGUGCAAACUCUGGCCUGUGGGCAGUGGAUGGAGGAAAUAAGCGUGUUUGCUCUGGGCUUCUCUACAACAGCAAAGCUGAACUUAUCCAGGCUCGAGUCGUGUCUGUUUCUGUGAAGAUGAGGCCAUCCAGAAGCGGUACCGUAGCAAACUUUUAUGAGCUGAACUACGUUGGUGACUCUGGUCCCGCCCACUCCCUUUAUGACAUUGUGAUCGUGGCUACACCUCUUCAUCAGGGCCUCUCUGACAUCAGCUUCUCUGGCUUCUCUCCUCCAAUCCCAUCUCACUUUCCCGGCCGCUAUCACCAAACGGUGGCCACGCUGGUUCUGGGCCGGCUCAACAUGUCGUAUCUGGGAAGCAAUCAUAAACCAGCCGACUUUGUCGUUUCUGAAAUUCUGACCACGGAUAAUGAGGCGCUGGCUAUCAACAGCCUGGGUUCGCUGCACCCUGUCCAUAUUCCCCAGGGUUACCGCCAGCCACCAGCCAGUGAGAGCAAAGUGUGGAAGGUAUUUUCCCAGGAGCCGCUGUCUGAGGAGCAGCUAGGGGAGAUUUUUGUGUCGAGGGAGGGGGUGUGGGAGAAACGCUGGCUGGCUUACCCCUCAUACAGCCCCCCACAGCGGCGCAUGCCACCAUUUACACUCCAUGACCGCUUAUUUUACCUCAACACCAUUGAAUGGGCUGCCAGCUGCAUGGAAAUGAGCGCCAUCUCUGCCCGCAACAUGGCUUUGCUCGCCCACCACCGCUGGCACGACCAGACAGACAAAAUCGACCAGGAGGACCUGCACACUCGCCUCCGUGGAGAACUGUAGAGGAGGGGGAGGGCAGGGAGCAGUCUAGUCCUGGAGUCACUCAGUACUGCUGAGUUCUGCCGUUAUCUUUAUUUAAAUCACCUAAUUCAACUCAAUAGAUCAUUAACAAACCCUUCAUGAGAGGCCUAGAGGAAAAGUCCACUUUAUUAGAAUCUCACAUGUUUUACCCCACAUUUCUGCUGAACAUCACUGCAUACUCUAAAUUCAGAGGAUGUUAAGAAGCUAAAAUCUGAAUUUUGCAACAUGCAAGCUAAUACUGCUGCACACUGAAUUGACAUCACAAAGCAGCGAGUGCACAAGAAUACCUCACACAAACCAGCAAGCUUUAUCCAGUGUGGGAGUUAAGGUGCUGCGGGAGUAGUAGAGCAUGGUAGGAGUAGCUGGAGUUGGUGUGUAACAGUGUUACAGUGUUGUUUAAAAGUAGACCUACUUUCAUGGGGCAUCAAUAGUGGUAACUUGCUGUUAGCAUGGAUGUAGCAAUGUUCAUAUUUCGACUCCUUAACCACCUCAUAAUUCAGAGGAUCCAGUGAUGUUCAGAAGAAAAUGGCUGUAAGAUUUGAAUCCUUUCUUGUUUGCCACAGGGCACCAACUUUUCAGAUUCUGUUUAAUUUUUGCCAUAGAGAAGUCCAGCUUAGACCUGAGGUUGCUGAUAUGGGCAUGGACGCCAGCUAUAGAAUGACACAUGCCUUCAGUGGUCUAUUGCACAUUAAACUUUCCACAAUUUGUGGUUGCAUUCUGAUUGGCUGUCUUCACGUCGUUGUGCACGCACAUUUCCAUGCAGCAGGUUUUAUCAGUCUGGAGCCUUUUGGAGCGAGACCAUUCAAGUUGUUUGAAUUUUCUUUAAAGCAUUUAGUAGCUUGUAAAUGUGAUGUCUUUACAUUCACCGGCGCAUUUGUUUUCCAUGAUUUCGUAUUGGUUGUACUGCCCCUGCAUGUCAUGCUCCAUAGGGGGUUUGUGAUUAGAGCUGUCAAAGUUAACAGGAUUUUUACAAAUAAGUUUCCAUCUGCUACCAUGGUGUGAAUUUGUUUAUUACUGAGGGGCAUCAGGUAUGAAGUAUCAUUUACAAGUAAAACACAACACUGAUGUCAUAGUAGCAAUAACAUUAGUAAUGUAAGCACUAGCAGACUAGGCUGGACAGUGCUCGCAGGAAAACUAUAGACAAAUCAACAACCCCCAUACUAGCAAUGCAAAGCUAUAGUUUCCCUCAAAACAAGAUGUAACUCAGCAGUAAGAGGUACAAGAGAGGAGGUGGAACAUGCAGCCACUGAUGCUCUUAUUCGAUGCUGUGGAAACUGGAAAUUUAGCUUACCCUAUUUUCUUGUUCACCCUGCAUUCAUGUGUAUGUUAAUUUUGAAUUAUGGAAAGUUAUGAACACAUUUUGAUAACUCAUUUUGUCCACAUAUAUAGCUGUAAUGAAAUUUACUACCUUUUCAAUAGGAAAAACUUUCCUUAGGCUCAAAUUAGAACAAAUAUGUUUAUUGGAUACGAUACACUAAUAUGAUUAAUCAUGAUUAAUGAUUAUUAAAUUGUUUGACGUCCCUAGUUAUUACAUGUCACACCUGUAUUGCAGACUUGCAAGGUGGAUGCAGCUCACAAAGUGGACAGUAAAGUAUGAGGUGUACUUGUGUCAAAUUUCAAACAUCGCUUGAUUUGAGCUUCCUUUUUGGAGAACAUACAGACCACAGAGGAGUUCUGUGAAUGAAGGCCAAAAGCCCCUAAUUUGCAUAAUUGAUAUGCAUGUUAAAGUAACGCUUUGGCAAAAUAUCAAGUUUAUGUUUGUCCUUUUACCCCAGAUGUCGUCCGUCAGCUGAGACAUGUUUAGUGUCCUAAUUUUGCUUCUUUAAUUUAGUACUGGAGCUACAAUUUUAAUGUUGCUAGCAAACACUAGACGUCAGUAGUCACCCAAAUCUCUUCUGUGAAAGCAUUCUUAAACCUCAGCCGACUCGAACCGCAUCCAGGUCUUCAUUAAGGUCCCAGACUUCUCAGUGUGGUUUAGGGGACAGUGUUUUGGGUGACUAUUGACGUUGUGUGACCUCCAGUGAACAAGUAAAGAAACAAUAUUUGGACAUCAGGACUGAUCUAAGUAAAAAAAUGUUAUCAAUUUCAUUUCACGCCAAACAAGUCAAGUUAACUUUCAUUCAGAAUUAGCAACUCUAGCAAUGUGUUCAACCUUUUCUAAAGUGCUCCUAUAGGAAGCAGCCGUAUAGGCUUACCUUACUCAGACUCUUCAAAGUAGUUUUGUCUCCAGCAGCACUAAAGAUCUUUUCCCCUUUUUUCUGCUACUCUGUAAUACAUUAACUCAAGGCUAAUACAUUAACUCACGGCACCUGUUCUAUACAUUUUGCCAUACAAAGUUGUUUUAAAAUUUCAAACGCCAGAAUUUUUAUAACCAGCCCUGAAAGCGUAAAACAGACCUGCUGCACUUUGCUUCCUUUGCUUUACCGUUUAAAAGUUUUCUUAGAGUGAUUUAUGUAAACCGAAUUGAUUUAAAAUGUAAAUUUGAAUUGAUGUAAAAUGAAUUUGAAAUAUGCACAUGAACUCAGUUGUAUGGAGACGUUUAAGUCAAAUUCCAUACUUUGUUGAUUUUCUAAGUGAAAAUAGGUGUUUUCUCUGUGGAGGAUGUGUUAACUUAAGUAUAUUAUGUCUGCAAAUUUUUGUGUGCAAUUGGUUUAUUUAUAAUAAAAAUAUAGCAUGAAAUGUAGCCUGUGUGAAAGUUAAGGUACAUUUAAUAUUUAGUUUUUCCCAAUUAGGUAAAUUUGGAAAAUUAACAGUAAUUGUGUAUUAAAAUGUGCAGAUGUGUGUCCUGUGUCAAGGAUGUGAAUGUAUUUUCACUCAGAAAAUCAACAAAAACAUGGAUUUUGACCCAGACUUUUGCACACAACAGUAUAUCUGCUGUGCAAUUCAGAGCAACUUGUGAAAUCAUAUGUGAUUAUGAACAAGCUUUUGGAACAUAAGAAAAAUUCUCCACUGUGUGUGAUGAGUGUUGUGCCUUCAGUGAAAUGCAGUGGUUAUUUAAAAUGUGCAGAAGCAUCCAGAAAGACCAAAUGUUGAUCAGACAUGGGAGGAGAGCUGCAUUAGGACUAACUAGCCACUUUAAAAGAACAAAAAACUCCUUUGUUGGGGUUUAGUAUUAUGGUGAUUAAUGGCAUUGAAUAAUUAACUGUCUCACUCAAUCCUAAUACAUUUAAAUUAAACUCUGAAUUUCUCCAUUUAAGGAUUUAAUGUAAACAAAUUUGCUAAGUUUGAUUACAGGUCAUAUUUUGGGGUUCCAGCAAGUGCCGUUGUAAAACUGAACUGUCUGUUAAUGCAUGGCUGCUGACAGGGUGGAGUUAAAUGACGGAGAACUUUUCAUUUUUUGAUCAAAUAACACUGUUGAACACUGUAAAAAGUCAGGGUUGAACUGCACAAAUGAUUUUUAUUGAGUUCUCUGUUUGUAAUAAACACUGAAAAAAAGGAGUUUGUACUUUUUUUUUUUUCCCACUGUACCAGCCAAUAGACCUGUUUAAGACCUAUUCUUUAUACUUUUUGUGGGUUGUAACAAAUGUGAUUUGUAUUCAUUUUGCCAGUGAUCAAAGUUUGUAAUGAUUAUUUCAUAGAAUUGAAAAAUAUUGUCUUCCAAAAAGUGAUUUGUUUACAUUCAGUAAUAAAAUUUAAAAGUUUGUUGAUUGUUUAAAA